UGUGUUUGUACUUUACAGUACAGGGAAACAAGCGCGAGAGCUGCAGCAGGAUGAGGCAAAGUUUUAACAAGACGCGUUAAAGUCGAAAUUAACUUUAGAGCAGCAAAAAUGGGCAUUAUCAUCAAAGAAAACUCGACCUGGGUGCCUUAUAAAGGAGACAAUGCCUGGUAAGAGUUGUGGGUCAGUUUUGAGGAUGGACUGAAUGUGGGCCAGAGGAGAGCCACAGCCGUGCAGAGCUGCAGCGAAGAAGAAAAGCACAGAGCUAGCUGUGAGUGUGUUUUCAUUAGCCGAUCCCUGAGUGGGGGAUGUCGGGCAGAAGCGGAGGAGCACCUCGGGGGUGCAGCAACCCCAGCCUGCUGCCCCUCAGAGCCACAGUCCCGUAUCAGCUCCAGAGGGGCUCCGGUCUCCUCUACAGGGAGGUCAAAACGGCUGACAGGACCGCAGCUCGUCCACCCAAACCCACCAUCCGCCGCACUCUCUCUCUGGACGCCAUAGUUGGACCCUACCUGCAGGGACAUUGGCCCAAAGAAGCAGAGAGCUAUGCUAUUUCAUGUGUCAACGACAAAGCUACACAGACUCCAAGUUCCUGGGCCGAAGAGACCCGAGGAAGAAGGAGCGCUGUUGGACACAAGCGCUCAGCAUCAUGGGGAAGCGCUGAGCACCUGAGAGAGGUGGCGAAGCUGAGGCACCAGUUACAGAAGCGCUCACGCCACGCACCUCCCCCUGCUGGACAUGAGCUCCCACACCACCACCCCCUGCCAGCAGGCCAUGCAGCGGGCAUCUCUCAGACGAUGCCACUCAUGCCUCUGAACAGACUCGCCUCCCGUCUGAGACGAAGUGUUGAAGGCCUCAACCUGGAACUGGAAGAAGUGUUUGUCUCUGAGAAAAUAGAUGAUCAGCAUGAGAUUCUGGAUAUCCCAGAUGGCCACAGGGCCCCCAACCCUGCCCAGAGAUGCAGCAGUGGAUCUCAGAGUGAGCCAUCCCCUGGCCCUCUGGAUCCUUCACUCCUCUCUCCUUCUCACUCCCCCUGUCCUUUAGAUCCAUCACUUCUAUCACCUUCUAACUCCCCCUGUCCUUUGAACCCAUCUCUUUUGUCUCCCUCACAGUCUCCCUGUCCUAUUGGAGAACCAGAGCUGGUGAACUGUCGUCUCUCCCCUUCUUCAUCGCUUCCCUUAUUUGCAUUGGACCCUCCUCUGAUGCAACCCUGCUCCUCUUCCCCUCAUACCACCAAAACCUGCUCUUUCCAGCGUGAGCCGCCUGAGGGCUGCGAGAGAAUACGAGUUUGUGAAGAAGCAAUAUCUGCCUGUCAGGAUGAGCCCCCCCUCCAGCCAUCCUGCCCUGACCCAAAUAAAGUCAACUUUACCCCCCAUGGAGGCUCUGCUUUCUGCCCCGUCAGUCUCCUGAAGCCCCUCUUGCCCUCCAUGGACCUCCUCUUCCGGGGCCUGUCAGUCUCUCCAGUCACAGGCUGCCCUGGUCAGGCGUCUCCCACCAGACACCUGGGCAUGCAGUAGGUGGAUAUGUGAGCAGAGACUCUGGACUAAACCGUGCUGCUCCAUCAGAGCCUGCAAAAACUGGAAAUGUUUAUUUGCAAGACAUCUGUGAUCAACUACACCAUUAGUGUGCCAUAAUUGUUGAGAUCAAAUGAGGAAACAGUAUGACUUGUAUUGUGCUGAUGGUUACAGCACUUGAAACACCUAAAUGUGCUAUGAAAAACAUUACAAGAUUGAAGUGCUGAAAAUGUUGAAAAAAAUCCUGAAAUGUUUUAAUUAAUCAUUCUUUUUGACAGAAAUAUUUUCUAACAGCAGUUUUGACAAAUGGUGCAGUUAGCUUGAACUUUCAUGUCAGACCGAGUGAAUUUUGACCUGAAAACCAAAGCACUUGAACCAUACGAUACUUCUUUCUUACUUUACUUUAUUAUUGAUUUAUUCUAGUAAAGUAUUGUGAAGUUUAGAUAACUCUCGGCUUUAUUCUCAGAGACUUGUUUGAUAAAAGUACUUGAUGGAUUUGUCUUUGUAAUUUCAUCAAAUCUGUUAGUUGAGGAGAAAAUUUUGGCCUUUAGUUGCCUAUUUUUCUAUUGCUGCAUUCAUAGGAAGAUAUUCAGAGUAUAUAUUUUGUAUCUUUCUUUGCUGGUGAUUCUGUUCUUGUAUUCACUGAUGAUAUUAUUUGGCUGCUUUUGUUUUUUGGUUAUUUAUCAGGAGCAGUGGGGAAUGGUUAAAGCUUUACUUGACUCCAGCAGGCUUACUUACUAUACUGCUGCACUAUUGAUUGCUUGUAAUGACUUCAAAUGCAUCACAUUUGAGUUUUUGUUUUAUAUGAACCCUUUUAUAUGAUGGUAAAGUGCUUAUAACUGGGUUUACUUUUUGAUAUUGGCAUACACGAGUUUAUAUUCAAACGGACGGUUUCUGUUAGCAUGGUGCUAUGCAAAAGUGAUUAAAAGGUACCAUUUC